UUCCAUUUGUCGUAGGCUGACAGAGCUCAGAGUAGCUCCACGUUGUUGUAAAGAAUCAGGGCAGAAACAGCUCCGGGCUGCUGCCGAAUCGACCGUUUCAUUUGCGCAGCUGCAUAUCCCACUUUUGAAAAAGACUGACUGGGCUGCAGCAUCAACACAAGCGUGGGCAACCAGCUCCCUUUACCGCAGCGUUGACCGACAGCUGCUGCUGCGCGUUGCGGCACCUUGGAGCAACAAGGGAGGAGCACAUGCAAUGAUAGUAAAGGUAUUUUAGUCGUGGAGACAAGGGAAGGAGGACUGGUGAGGGGCGAGUUGUAGCUGUUACAGCGGUCUUCAGCGCUGUCUAACGGUAGUGGAGGUAGGUCAUGGUCGGACGGGGACUAUGGGUAUGUAAGCCCCGAUUUGGAAAGCGAGGGAGCAGAUUUGGUGUUUUGCCUUAUCUGUGCGCGGUGAUAGCGAGCGCAGCCCUGCUGGCUCUGCUGUUUGUGGACUUCAUCGAGUCAUGGGUCACCUCCAUGAGCAUGAACACGGUGAUGGAGCCGCACGCAGGCAUCAUCCCCCCGCAGAGCGUCCCUCCCACCAGACCCGAAGAGUUCCUGCUCAUGCCCAGCCCGCUCGUGUGCCAGCGUGCCAAGCCUUACCUCAUCACCAUGGUUACCUCGGCUCCUGUCAACCAGAGGGCCCGUCAAGCCAUCAGGGACACCUGGGGAGGGGAGGUGGAGGUGAGGGGCCUGCGCGUCAUGACCCUCUUCAUGGUGGGUACAGCUUCUGACCCUGGACUGGCCAAGCUGCUGAUAGAGGAGGCUAGAGAGCGAGGGGACCUGAUUCAGGGGCGUUUUCUGGACACCUACUCCAACCUCACCCUGAAAUCCCUGUCCAUGCUGGGCUGGGCCCGCAGGUUCUGUCCUCAGGCUCACUUCAUGGCCAAAGUGGAUGAUGAUGUCCUGUUCAAUCCCAGCGCCCUCCUGCACUUCCUGAACAGGAGCCGUAAUCCAUACGAACAAGGAGACUUGUACCUUGGCAGGGUGCAUCUCCAUGUGGCCCCUGACCGUGACCCGGAUAGCAAGCACUACCUCCCUUCAGGGGCCUACCCUCCUUCUGUCUUUCCAGACUAUUGCAGUGGUACAGCCUAUGUCCUGUCCCGCACUGCACUGCUCAAGAUUUCCCUGGCAGCCUCUGCAUCACCUUUAUCCACACCUCUGCCCCCUGAGGAUGUGUUUGUUGGUCUGUGUGCCCGGACUGCUGGAGUGCUGCCCUCACACUGCCCACUCUUCUCUGGUGGCCCAGGUGUGCCAUACGGGCGCUGCUGCUAUCAGGCCAUGGUGUCCAUCCACCACAUCCCACCCAGGGAGAUGCUGCACUACUGGGCUGAUGUCCAUACAUCACAUCCCUGCUCCUGGCUGAGUUUACGUGCUUCUCUGGGGCUUUGCAAAGUCAGGGCGAUGCUCGGGUCAGCUCUGGGACUGGAGCAGGGCUUGUGAGGGUUGAUAAGAAGACGGAAAACUGGACUUAUUGGGGCUCUACCUCGCUUCAAUACUGUGAACAGCACAAGUGCUCUUCAGGCUGUAAAAUGUCACUUUAUUUUUAUAGCUUUAUUUUUUUAAACAAUAUUAGGUACUGGCUUUUUUUUGCAGAAAAGAGGACGAUCAGCUGGUGGUAGGAAGAAUUGGCACAGUAGUCUUGGAGCUAGACUGUUACAGCAUCCUUCAUUUUUACACAUAGAUGUAGAACAAACAACACUGGCAUGCUGAUACUGUAGUUUACAGUGAGGAUAUACAGCCGCUUAUGUGAUGAAUACACAUUGAAACAAGUAUUUCUAUAAACACACCUGACAUCUAUAGGCUACUACCUCAUAUAUACAUAUAACACCUGUGUAGUCUAUCACCAGGUACUUCAAGUGUAAAUGUUAGUCUAUUAAGAUGCCUAAAUGCAUGAUGCUUCAAACUAAAGUACAAUAGAUAUCAAACCACAGGCGUUAUAUAGGAAGGAAGUAAUACAAAUACAUUAAUGUAUUUAGCUAAAACUUUCAAAACAGAAAAAUAAUCACCUCAGUACGGGAUGUAUCCACAUUUAAUUAUUGUGUUUUUAAGUAAUAAUAAUGCCGUUAAUUGGACAGUGGAAAUGGGGGACAGUGUAUUCGGACAGUUCUGGGAACAGACAGCAGAGGAAUUUGAUCUUCCUUCUUUGAAAGCUCGGCGAUUCUGCUGCGUCAUAUCAGCUGAAAUGUAAAAAUAUAACCCUGAGACUGAUUUGAUACACAGCUGUAAUCCCACUGUUGUGUAGUAUUUAUUACCUUGUUCUGUAAUAGUGAGAUUAAACAUUAGGUAGAGUGUGAAUGAGUGUCUGGACUGAGUUCAGUCUGAGUACAUUUUAAAAGACGGUUUAAGAUGUGUCAGGAUGAAGCUUCAGAAUGUCUUGCUCCACCCGCAGUGUAAACAUAGAGAAAGUCAGUGUUUUAACACUCAGGAAAUAUGUUUGAAUCAAAUACUGUCAACAAUAAACCGCUCUGUA